AUGUACUUAGCAGGCACACGCCUUAACCACUCGGCCAAAGCGACUACGCACAUGCCAAGCCAGGGGGCUCGCCACGCGCGCAUCUUCCAACCAACCGGGCAGCCGCACAAAACCGGCGCCAGAAAGAACAACAUCAACAACAACAAGAAAACAAAACUAAACUCCUCGCGGAGUCACAGUCGGUGCCCGUCAGAACGCUCUCCGUCCAUCACCGCCCCCAGGAAUGAGGAGGCGGGACGUUCAUCUGGCAGGCUGGCUCCGGCCCCCGCAAGGGGGCCACUGGCACCAGCCGCGGCAAUCGCGCUCAGGCCGGAGAGCCCUGAAUCAUCGUCCGGGUUGAAGGUCUUAUCCUGUUCAAGUAUAGUCGUGCCAGCCCCUCCCCACCCCCACCCCCAUAUACCCGCCUUCCCCUCCACCCGCAACCGCGAUGGUGCAACUCCCCCCGCCCUUUCCAACCACCACCACUGCUCUCUCCCUCCCUCCCUCCCACCCCCUCCCCUUCUGCCCCACGCUUCCCUCGCCUCGCCCAUCCCUCUCACUCUCACUCUCACGCUCACUGCGUUGCCACCGCUCCGACUCCACCACUCGCCCACACUCCCUCCCGCUUCCGCUCCUCCCCACCCAAGGCUCCACGGCCAACGCCCCACCCUCCGCCAACCCCUGCCCCAUUUCACGCGCUUCCUCCUCUUCGCAACAUCCCCACCCUUCCCACGUGCAAACGAACAAUUGCAACCGCGCAAUCUAUACACCUCCAACCUUCCUGGCUCCACAUUGCGCACCACCCCCUCUGCUCCAACCCAUCCGCACUUGCUCCGCUGCUGGCGUUGUGGGUGCCCUGCACUACAUCUCGGCUUUUCCACGCAUGGGACCGCUCUUGUGGAUACUCCCCCAUCGCAAUUGUUGUAUGGCGGCGUGAGCCAUGAAGAUGUUCCGUCAACAUUCGCAAAGCAGAUUUGUGAAUCGUCGUUGAAGAGUAAGCGACAAUUUUACAGUAUUUACUUAUUGGUACAUGUUUCAUACAUCCGGGCUUUAGAGGCUACAAUGCUGGUUAAAGUUUUGUAUGUGAUUGUGAAUGCCAAGAAAAUGUAACUCUUGUUUUUAUAUCACUAAAAUCAAGUAGCUAAUCAAUUGUGUUUCCACUGUGUAACUGAUAUUCAUGAAGUCUACAGUUGAUUUGCAAAACUGUAGAGCAAUAAAAACUCAAUCUGUUAACCAUUCUAAA